AUGAUAGCUAAUGAAUUAAAAGACCAUUUUAGUAAGAUUAGUAGAACUACAAAUCCUCCUAGGGACAAUAGUUUCCUUGAUAUCUUAGAGCCAUGCAUUACCACAACUGAGGAUGAUUUUUUGAUUCACCCUCCUACUGAUGAAGAGAUAAAAGUCAUAGCUUGGCAAAUGCAACCCUGGACUAGUCCAGGGCCAAAUGGCUACCCACCUGGUUUCUACCAGCAAAUGUGGGAUACAGUUGGUGUUGAUACUACAAAUAUGGUUAAGAGAUUUUUCCACUCUGGUUAUCUUCUAAAACAGAUGAAUCACAAUUUUGUGUCUUUGAUUCCUAAAAACAAUGCUCCUAAAACACCUGCAGAUUUUAGGCCUAUAAGUUUAAGUAAUGUGAGUUAUAAAAUAAUCUCUAAACUCUUAGCUAGUAGACUUAAAACUGUAAUGGAUAAGCUCAUUAGUCCUUAUCAAGAUGUUUUUCUUUCUUCUAGGCAAAUAACAUACAACAUUGUUAUAGCUCAUGAACUGGUAGAUACAACGAGGAAAAACAGAACUAAAUCUGGGUUAAUGGUCAUUAAACUGGACAUGUCUAAGGCCUUUGAUAGGAUAGAAUGGAAUUUCUUAAUUGAUAUUUUAAAAAAGAUAGGUUUCCAUGAAUAUUGGUGUAAACUUAUCGAGCAAUGUGUUUCUACUGUCUCAACUUAUAUUUUACUGAAUGGUGCACCUGGAGAUGUUUACUAUCAUACAAGGGGUCUUAGGCAGGGAGACCCCUUGUCCCCCUACCUUUUCAUUAUCUGUAUGGAUGUGGCCUCAGUCCAAGGAGCUAAGAAUUUAGAGUUGAUGCUUGAGAAGUUCAGAUUAGCUGAUAAGUAUUUAGGUGUGACUUUGAUGCUUCAGAGAGAUAAAAUGGCAACUUUUAAGCAUCUUGAGGAUUCUUGUGAAAGUAGACUAGAAACUUGGCAAGGUAAAUACCUUAAUCAACCAGGUAGAACUAGAAAAUUCUUUUGGAAUAAAAAGGGUUCUGGCAGGGGGUACCAUCCUAGGAGCUGGGACACUGUGAAUAAAUCUAUAGAACUAGGCGGUUUAAACAUAAGGAAAACUGAACAUCUCAACAUUGUUCUCUUGGCUAAGUUAGCUUGGAGGAUGUUGAAUGAGCCUGAUGCUUUGUGGGUGCAAAUUCUUAAACAUAAGUAUUUUCUAAAUACUAAUCCUAUUCAUGCAGAGUGCAAUGAGUCAAUGUCUUGGAUCUGGAAAGGCAUUUGUAGGGGUUUAGAACUGGUUAGAAAGUACUAUUGUUGGGAAGUUUGGGAUGGUAAUGCUAUUGAUAUUUGGAAAGACAAAUGGUUACCAAAUAGGAAUUCUCUUCUUGAUGCUUCUUUUGCUUCCAGUAAGAUGAAAACUGUUAACCAACUGAUUGUGCAGGAAACAGGUAAGUGGAAUGUUGAUACUUUAAAUUCUCUUUUUGACACAACUACUGUUAGGAACAUAUGUAAUGUCAGAAUCCCUCUCUCUGGUAAGGAUGUCUUAAGAUGGUCUCCAACCUAUAAUGGACAAUUUAGUGUUAAAUCUGCUUAUAGAUGUAUUAUGCAUGAACUCUAUAGUGGUGAAACUAGUAGUUUUCCCUGGAAGUCAUUAUGGAAAUUAGACAUUGCACAAAAGAUUAAACAUCUUCUUUGGAAAUGUAUGAAUGAUUGUGUUACUGUGAGGAGAAAACUUGCUAGGCAUGUGAACUCAAUAAGCAAAAUUGUUAAUGCUAAUCUGCAGGAGUGGAUAGAAAGUUGGUUUCAAAGUAGAAAUGAUUCUGAAGUUGAACAAGAGAAGUUUUUAAAGUUUGCUAGUUUUGCCAUUUGGCACAUAUGGAAGCUUAGGUGUUCAGUUGUAUUUGAUAAUGCAUCCGUUCAAAUUUCUCAACUUGUAGCAAUUAUGACUAAGGAGCUAAAUGAAUGGAACUUAAAUUCUAUGAAGUCUAGGAGUGGAAGGAUUGGCCCUAGACAGAAUAGAACUAUGAUUCCCUGGCAAUUGCCAGAAAAUGAGUUUCACAAAAUAAAUUUUGAUGCUUCGUUUUUGAAAGUUAACAAACACAUGGGUAUAGGAUUAAUGUUGUUCUCUGAUGCAGGGCAUUGUGGAGGUGCGCAGUCAAUCUCGGGGAUAGCUCAAGAAGAGGAACAUGCGGAAGCUCUAGCAGCACUGGAAGCCAUAAAGCGGGCAAAAGCUUCAGUUGUUGACAAGUUACACCUAGAAGGAGAUUGCAUCAACGUAGUUAAUGCCAUAAAUGGCAGAGUAGGAACUGUCUGA